CAGAUUAGGUUAUGUACUGUCAGUGUCAGAAAUGUUUAGGUUAGGUCGUGAUAAUGUUCGAAUGUCAUUUAAAAGAAUUUUUGUUUAUCCAUCUAUUUUAAUUAACAAAAGAAGAUGACAAGAAGUAUAUUGUGUAGAAAAUACUAUUUAAUUAUGAGAAAAUCUAUUCAUUUUACAACACCAACACUAAUAAAGACCACGUGGAAUAAUUUUUGUGAAAUGACGUAAGACGUGUUUUCAUAAAACAAAAACAAAAGAGAAAACUUUUCUUAUCUAAUAUCUACUAUAUACAUAUGCAGAAUAAAAUUCAGUAUUAAUGUAAUUGUAGUGUUUUCUAUCCAGUAAACAUUAUGUUACACGUUUGCAAGAUUACGUGAUUUAUAAUAAUAGAAAGUGAAAUUUUCUAGUGUCCACAGGGGCGGGGAAAAUCGAUAUUAUAAGAAAGUGACAUUAUAAUCUCGUGCUUAUGAGCAUUAAUUGUCAAAUGUUAUCAACAAUUAAAAUGAGAUUUAUUUGAAGUUACAAAAAAAUAUAUAUAUAUAUAUAUAUGUAUGAUUGUUUGGGAACAAAGUGUCAAGAACUUUUUAGUUGGAAGUUUCCUCGGUGAAAGUUAUGAGGAUUUGAUUUCACAAGAAUGACAAGGAUUCUUACGCAAUUUUUGUCUUGACAGUUCAUUUUUUAAUCACAAUUCGUCCAUUGAGAAAAAAAAGCAGAAAAAAUGCAACACAACAGAGAAUAUUUGACAGCUCGACUAUUGUCGUGUUUGUUUUGUUUUGCUUUUAUAUGUCAAUUUUCAACAGUUAUGUCCACUCAUAUUAGUGGAACAUUUGAGACUAAGGAAUUUUUUCGAUUUCUCAAUAAAUUUGGUUUUCAAAAAACCGAUCAACAUCGACAGAGAGAAACUUAUGGUUAUAUUUUUGGUAAUAUAACCUCAAAAUCGAAACUCUCAGUACCUGUCACGUUGGCUGUUCUUGAUCGUGAUCAUUUUUUAGAAUAUUACAAUAAUCGUGAAAUACGAGAUAAAAGUAGAGCUUGUGCAAUGAUGUUUCGUACAUUAAAUCAAAGUUCUUAUGAUUCUAAAUGCAACGAGGAGGGUCAAGAUUUUUUAAGACGUGUACCAUGUCCAAAGGGAAAAUUAUGUAUAGACGAGGAUGAACAACCAUGGAACGUGAUAAAAAAUCAUCAAUUUACAUUCACUAUUGAAAAUGUUUGGCAACCAAAUUUUUGGUAUAUUAGUUUAGUGUCGUGUUAUAGAAACAUGACAACAUGUAAAUGGGAACAUUAUGAACAAAAUGUAAAACUUGAUUAUGAUAUUUGGCUAGUGAAUGGUAAUCCAAAUACAAGUAGUUUAAAUACUUUUAGCUAUCAAUUUUCAUAUGAUCGACAAAAUACAAUAGAACUUUAUUUAUUGUUCUUUUUGUGUUACGUCAUAUUAGUGCCACUACAAAUUUAUGCAGUAAGAUUACAAAAACAUCCAGUUACGAGAUUAUUUACAGCAAGUUUACUAUUAGAGUUUAUAGCAUUGUGCUUAAUUGUUAUUCAUGAAAUUAAAUUUGCCUUUGAUGGCGUUGGCUACGAACAACUUGAAGCGGCCGGGGAUAUUUUUGAUAUUCUUUCACGUACUUCAUUUAUGCUGCUGUUGCUUUUACUUGCCAAGGGAUGGGCAGUUACAAGAAUGGAAUUAACAUGGAAACCAUUGGUAUUCACAAUUUGGCUCUUUUAUGGGAUUGUACAUAUUAUGUUGUAUGUUUGGAAUAUGACGGAAGUUGAUAUCAUUGAAGACAUUGAUGAAUAUCAAACAUGGCCUGGAUGGUUUAUUCUAUUAUUUCGCAGUAUCAUUAUGAUUUGGUUUUUAUUUGAAUUGCGAAAUACAAUGACGUAUGAGCAUAAUACUCAAAAAUUAAAUUUUCUUCUUCAUUUCGGUGCAUCGUCACUUGUUUGGUUCAUUUAUCUUCCGAUCAUUGCACUUAUUGCGCUUCAAGUCAGUGCACUUUGGAGGUUCAAACUUUUACUAGGCAUCACAUAUUCAGCUGAUUGUUUUGCCUACUGUGUUAUGGCACAUUUAUUGUGGCCAACGCGAAGCGAACAAUACUUCCUGUUAGCGCAAGGCGCUGAUAAUGGCGAUGAACUUGAUGAAUUCAAUGAGGCGCCACAUGUGUUAAAUAAUUAUGUGGAACCAUCAGAAUUAAGUAAAGUCAUAGCAUAAUUAUAAACAACAACAAGUGUGAUUCCUGGUAAAGAGAUUUUUAAUGUUUAU